AUACAUGAAACAUGAGAAACCACACUCUCAGCAAUAAUAUUGCUGUGCUUGCUCUGCAGUAUUCGCUCUACAUUUCAUUAAUCUGCAAUCAUGAUACUCAGCCGAAUGAGAUCCCUAUAAUACUCUUUCAUCUUUCAUCUAAGUGGCUAGUAUUCGGAGUAAACCGAGGUAGGCCUCAUUGCUUUAUGGAUAUUGUCUGUAAUUUCUUCAAGAUAACACACUGCUGGAGAAAGGUUGAAAGGCUUGUCUCCUGCCCCACCCCAGCCAGGGUGAAGUAUGGUUCCGGGGGUCCAGAGGGUGCUGAAGAGCUCAGUGGCCCAUAGCCGGCUGGAGGUGCUGCAGGUCUACAAGCUGCUGCAGUGGGUGCGUCAGGGCGACACUGCACAGAUCGAGAAGAUGGUGCGCAUGGGCGUGCCCAACCUCAUCAACAUGGCAGAGCCGGCCGAGGGACGCGGAGCGCUGCACCUGGCCGCCGUGGCUAACGACACCGACAUGGUGGAGUUCCUGCUGUCGCUGGCUGCCCACCCCAACAUCCAGGACAAGAAGGGGAGGACGCCCGUCAUGCUGGCGGCUGAGCUGGGACAUGAUACCGUGAUCAGUCUGCUGGCCAAGAACCACGCCAACAUGGUGUUGACCGACGCCGAGGGCCAAGGUGUGCUGUUCUACUGCAUCUCCCCCACCAAGCGCCACAUGCGCUGCCUGCAGACGGUCCUCAGUGGCAAGGCCAACGUCAACAACGUCUCGGCCUCGGGGAAGCAUGUGUUCGUGCUGGCCUGUGAGCACGCUCAGGACUGCGAGAACAUGUGCAUCAGCAUCCUCGAGAGAGGAGCCAAUCAGAACGCAACCGAUGAGGCCACCGGGCUCUCAGCACUGAUGGAGGCGUCCAGGGCAGGAGCCAUCGAGUUAGUGAGGGCCAUCCUAUGCAGGGGAGCCAACCCCAACAUGCUGGACAAGAAGAAGAUGAACGCUGCCCAUUUCGCAGCUGAGGGAGGCUACUUGGAUAUUCUGCAGCUCCUGUCUGCAUGCUCUGCUAAUUUCGCUGCGGCUGCAGUGGAUGGGAACACACCUCUGCAUUUGGCUGCUGCAGGUGGCUUUGCAGAGUGCUGUCGCUUCCUCUGUCAGCGUGGCGCCAACCCCAAACUGAAGAAUGAGGAGGGUCUAGUCCCAAAGCAGAUGGCCAAAGAUAAGGCUGCGGUGAAGGAACUCAAGAAGGCUGAGCGACUCUUCACAAAGCUGUCCAAGCCUGGCACCGUGAACCCAAACGAGCUGUGGGCCCUGACUCUGCACGAUUGGUCCUUCGAGCAUGAGGCUGCCCUACGCACCAGCUUCGAGGCUGCUGAGAACGCGGAGGAUUCCGUGGUCACCGUCACCAAGGCUAACUUCCUGUCUGUCCUGCGCGAACAUCACGCGCCGGUUGAUGACGAACAGCUGCAGAAGAUUGUGGUGGGUCACGAUUCAAAGCGGGAGGGUCUGAUUGACCUGGACGAGUUCUUCAAAGGUCUGAAGUACCUGCAGAAGCCGUACGUGCUGUCCUCAUACGGACCCAAGAAGAAGAAGAAGGGCGGGGCUAAGGGUGGGAAGGGCAAGAGGAAGUUCACUCUGCCCAUGCCCAUCUGCGUCCUGCCCGAGGAGCAGGUCAGCAGGCGCGACAGCACUGCACCGCCCGACUACAUGAUCAAGAGCUACCAGCAGUUCACCGACACCAAGCGCUUCGACCGCGACAACCCUCCCAGCCACCCCAUCGAGGACGACUCGGCGUGGUACAUCGACGAGCCGGAGCAGAUCUACGUCAACAUCAACUACUGUGUAAAGAUCGGCGACCUAGAGUCCCUCAGCCUGGCCUUUAGUCGGAACGUGCCAGUCGACAUCCAGGACCGCUACUACAAGACGCCACUCAUGAUCGCAUGCAGCAGUGGUAACUAUGGGGUGGCCAGAUACCUCGUCAGCCUCGGGGCCAAUGUGAACGCCUGCGAUCAGUUCAACUGGACUCCUCUCCACCACGCCUGCCGCGCCGGACAGGUGAACAUCAUCGACCUGCUCGUCCAAUCAGGCGCGGUGAUCGAGGCGACAGCCAUGAAUGGCUCCACCCCCCUGAUCAGAGCCAUAGAGAGCUGCAGGCCCAGCUGUGUGGAUUACCUCAUCAAGGCCGGGGCAAAGGUCACCGCCGAGAACAAGAAAGAGCAAACUUGUAUUGAUAUCGCCCGGUCCUAUGGGGAUCCCAGAAUAGUGGACUUGAUCCAGGAUAAACUGGACACGAUGCCCAAGCCCAAAGACAAGGGGAAAGGGAAGGGUGGUGGGAAGCCUGCUGCCAAAGCCAAACCGGCCCCUGCUGCUAAAGAAAAGCUAGAUGCGGACACGUCGACGUCCCUGGAGGUGGUGGUGAAGAAGGAGACCCGGAGGGACAGCAUCAUAACGCUCAACGCGCGCAUCGCUAGUGGAGCCGUCAAGCAGCUGGACAUCAGCUUCACGCCGAGGACUGUGUGGGGAAAGCAGCUCACCACUGACCAGCUGAUUGAGAGAAAGGAGGAUCGUCGCGAGCAGCUCUCUUACGAGGUGGACUUCGAGGACUUUCUCAUGCCUUUCAACAAGAACAUCGUCACCAAGGCACAAGAGUUGGGCGGCUCCGACAACUGACCACAGACCCUCUCUGAGACCGUCCAUCAUCUGACCAUCAGCCUCUCCUCAUUUCACCACACAGCAUGUUAAGCUAUGAAUGUUUGAACACAUAUGUCAAGUCUGUUCCUUUUGCUCUUCUGCUGGAUAAAACUGUGCCAAACCCUGUUAUGUGGAAUAAACUCAGCUCCGGAAA